AUGACAUCCACCCCUUCGAGCUCCGCGGAUUACCCCAUGACCAUCGAUGAUCUCAUACAGCAACUGCAAAUCGUCGCAAACGAACCGCUAGAUGACACGGCGGCGAUUAAGUGAGUUCUCCAACAUCCUAUUGCAAAUUCAUGGGGAAUUCUUAAUCUGCGGGAAAGGAGGAAAGAGGAGUAGGAAAGUGACGUGUUUUGAGGCUAAAACCUUCCAAGUGCGACGCUCAGAUUUUGAUGAAACUUUGCACAUACGUCAAGAAUAGGCUAUACAUACUGUGAAUUAGACUAGGUAAAAGUUCCUUAUUUUGGCCACAACUUAUAACUUUGCGGAAACUGGCCGGAAUUAGCCCAAAUUUAGCGUGCACGCUCAAUUUACCGUUUUCAAUGCCCGGACAGUGGAUUUAGUUAGUGAGGUAGCUUCUUUUUUACGUACCAUCUUACCCUUCAAAAACGGCUGCAGCCUGUGAUUUUACACUUUAUACGAUGAAACAUGUCCGGAACUAAACUUAUUGCCUCCGUAUGGAACUAAAUGGGUCGUCACAGCCUUCGUAGGUACCCUUAAGACAAUAGAGCUAUUAUAGUAAUUCAGUGCCAGCUAGGUCGAAGCGUUUUUUCCUAACUUUAGUGCCCAAGCUUGGGCGCAGUUCGCGUAGUACCUUUUGUUGUGGCCAAAAUAAGGAACUUUUUCCUUAGACUAAAACUAGGUUGAAAAUAUAUUUAUAAGAGUUAUUUGUGACUUAGAAAGUGCUACGCAGUAUUUUGCACCGAUUUUUUUCGAAUUUUAUCAAAAAUUUGAAAAUUUCCCUGAGGGCAUAAUUUGAAAAUUCAUUGAAAAUCUGAGUAAAACCAUCGAUGCUGACGUAAUAUAGUCCUAGCUAAGGUUGCCCCGGCAUUUUUUAUUGAUUUUCAGCCGUUUUUUGCAGUUCGUGUGGGCGCAGCUCGCCAAAAUGAAAAUUGUAAAAAGAGAGGGAAAUCCUGGGAAAUCUGCGUCCUUUUUGAUGCAAAAAGAGAAUGCAAAAAUUCGAGGGUGAAAAAAAUUUUGCCGGUCGAAAAUCCUAUAUCAAACGCUAUUAGGCUGCUAGAAUACCCAUUUACAACAAACAAGACGAAACAAGGGGCGCAAUUACACCGUAUUUUACACGAAAAAGGGCCUAUAUUCGUUACCAAACAAGAGUUGAGUUUUUGUUGAGAGUUGGAUCAGUUUUUGAUGACAUCAUUGUCUUUGGUUCCAUUAGCACUUUUGGGUUGCAGAAGUUUUAAAAAUGAAAUUUUUUCAAUUGUCAUUGCAAAUUUUAUGCGACGGGGUUCCUUACAAUAUUUAUAUUUUCCGAAAGCUGGCUUUUUACUCUACUGCCAUGCCAAAUUUUAGCCUUGUAGCUCAAACGGCUAGCGAGAUAUGGAGAGAGAAAGCAAGGGCUUCCGAAAAAAAAUUGAAAAAGUCGUGGAGAUAGGUUGUGUCCCUAAAGUACAGAAUGCCAUGCACUACAGGGUCUUUAAGAGCUUGUUAUUUCGUAGACAAAAACUAAUGUCUUUUAAAAAUACAUAUUUCAAAUACGAAAUCUCUGCGCCGCCUCCGCCGGAAGUUAUAGCCUUCCACUUUCCAUCACGUUUUUUGUAAGACCCUGUACAGUGAGGGACCGGAUCCAAUGGCAAAAAACGUCUCAUUUUGCAUCCCGGAAGGGACCAAAAUGUCUCCAAACCCUUCCCUUCUCUAAGCUAAAAAACCCCGCUUUGAAGAGCCCGCCUUGAAGGAAAGAGCGCGCUUUUCAAAGCGGAGUUUUUUAGCUUAGAUAAGGGAAUGGUUUGGAGUCAUUUUAGUCUCUUCCGGGAUGCAAAAGGAGACGUUUUUUGCUAUUGGAUCAGGUCCCUCACUGUAUAUAUUUGACGACCUUUUUUCCAAAACCUUCAUUUUCCAGAAAGACCCAGCUCUCCGAGCAUCCCUACAAAUUCGCCUUGUAUUCGGAGCUGUGCGAGGUGAAGAAGAAGCUCUGUCCCCACAUGCGCUACCCCAUGGACGAUACGCAGUGCAUGGACGACCCCCAACUCAUGCGGCUCGACAACAUGCUGGCGGCGGAGGGCGUGGCGGGCCCGGAGCGCAACAUCCAGCCCUCGGGCGACGCCUCAACCACCGACCAAGCCGACUACAAGCAGAAACUGCAGCAGAUCCGCGACACCUACCACAAAGAGCUGCACAAGUAUCAGGAGGCGAGCAAUCAGUUCACGCAUCAUGUGAAGAGCCUGCUCUUCGAGCAGAACAACACAAGGCCCAUUUCGAAGCUGGAAAUCGACCGAAUGGUGAUGAUAAUUCAGCGCAAGUUUAGUGGGAUUCAAGUGCAGUUGAAGCAGUCCACCUGUGAGAAUGUGAUGAUGCUAAGGUCGAGGUUCUUGGACGCGAGGUGAGUUGUUCUUUCGUGAAGAAAUGCUGUAAAUGUGUAGGAAAAAAAGUUUAUAAAUUGUCUUAUCAGUAUGUCGGGAAAAUAAUGAGCACUCUGUCCCACUGAAAGUCGUAUUGCCGCCAAGGAAAUGGAUUUUCGUGUCAAAAUUAAAUUGCUUUUCACUUCAGCGACACGAUUGGCGCAGCGACAUUGCGCUCAUUAUUUUCCCGACAGAUUGAUGGUAUUUCAAUCCGUCUACGCACUUUAUGAAAAUAUUAGUAAUUAGUGUCAGUAAUCCAGAAUAAAAAAUUGAAUUUUAUAGACAAAAAAAUCGACCGGUCGAAAAAAUAUUUUUUUUUGAGAAAAAUUUUUGAUUUACUGAUGACUGCUUUACAGCAAGACUAUCUUUUUAGCCAAAAAAAUUUUUAAUUAUCAUUACAAAAAUCGAGCGGUCGAAAAAAUAUAUAUUUUUUUGAAAAAAAUUUUUGAUUUACUGAUGACUGUUUUACAGCAAGACUAUCUUUUUAGCCAAAAAAAAAUUUUAAUUACCAUUACAAAAAUCGACUGGUCGAAAAAAUAUUUUUUUUGAGAAAUUUUUUUUUUCGAUUAACGGAUGACUAUUUUAUAUUAAAAUCAAAAAAAUAUUAAUUUUUCAGACGAAAACGUCGGAAUUUCUCAAAACAAGCCACCGAAAUCCUCAACGAAUACUUUUACUCGCAUCUCAACAACCCCUAUCCCAGUGAAGAGACCAAGGAAGAGCUGGCGCGACAAUGUCAGAUCACCGUCUCGCAAGUCGCGAAUUGGUUCGGCAACAAGCGCAUUCGCUACAAGAAGAACUUGGCCAAGUCUCAGGAAGAGGCCAAUCUGUAUGUGAAUAAAAAAGCCGCUCAAGUCCAGCAGAACUACAUGAUUGGGACGGCGGCCGGAAUGAUCAAUCCGUACGAUCUGUAUCAGUACAAAUUUUGA